AUGGCUGAAGAUCCGCCUGCUGCUCUUGAUGACGGUGUGAGAGCGUUUGUCGACCUGUCUACUGCGGAGCAAAUAGAAACUUACAGGCAUCUUGAGGCGUGCAGCGGACCUGACAUUUGGCUACAAGCCUCAGCUUGCGAGCGCCUAGCUGCUAAAACAAUUCGAAGCGUCUACCAGACAAUGCUGAGUUCAGGAAGUGAUGAGACAUUCCAGCGGGCACGGCGCCUUAUUGGCAGAGCCCCUACCACUCUGACCGUAAUAGAAGCUGAGCGAAGGCGCAGCUCACGUAGCUCUGAUAUUCAGAUCACGGGAAUCACAAAUUUACUGCCGCUUGCUGGCACAACUGCUCAGCAGAAUUCGACUCAGCCACAAGAUGCAUGCGACACAAGUUCGUGCUCACGAAUCAGCACGCUUCCAAGCCAAGGACACAUUACCAGCUACAGUGGAGCAAGAAAGCCGCGCGCCUACGAAUCCAUCGCUGAAGACGCUCUUCCCCUUCAUCGAAGGCCAGUUCUCUUUCCGGCUUUUCUAAGAGCUCUUGUUCUACUGCUACAAAACCGUCUGCGCUGCCAGAGAAAAAGAUAUAAGCGUCGAGAAGUGUUACGCACUGCAACGCCUCAUGCACGAUUUCGUGAAUGCCCCAAUCCAGACGAUCCUAAUUGUUUGAGCUUUGCUUGGAUUGCGCUCUGCCGAAAGCUCCGCAUUUUUAGUGAUGCCAUUGAGAAGCAGAUACAGCAGCACAAAAGCGAGUCACGCGAGAAGUCGGGUACUUCAGGCGAGCUGCAAGAGCAGCCAUUAACAGGAAGCGAUGCUCGGGUGGAAGAGGCAAGCUUUUCUUUAAGUAGCAUACCCAGUGAAAGGCAUCACCUGAGACAGGCUGCGCAGUCUCGCGGGCUACUGCAAAGAAAAGUUUCCUCUUCACAGCAGCCCUUCUCCUCUCCUGCAAGAGGAAACAUUUCGAAACAGUCGAUGAUCCCCGAAUUCUCAACAGAUGCAACCCUCGCUCCCUUCGGUAAAGGGCAAGCUUCAAAUGAGAAGAUAACAAAAGAAUCCAAUAGGCCAGAGAACCGAACUGCGAAGCCUGCAGAUGAUUUAACAUACACAAAAGAUGAAGAUACAAUCGCAGCACUUGCAGGCCGUCAUGCAGAAGUAUUCAGCCAAACAGCUGUCGCAGAAGCCUGCUGCAUUCUAAAUGAUGCUCUGCACGGGGCUUUGUUUUCAAAUACCGGGAAAGGAGUAGAUUCAAGUAAAUGCAAAAGCUCUGUUGUGGUAUUUGCACACCAUUGCAUCUGCCCCUCGCACUUCAUCCCUUUGCUCUAUGGACAGCGCUGGUCAAAGCCGGCCUCAUGUGAGUUUGCUUUGUGCUUAAGCUAG